AUGUCUAAAUCCUUCACACCGAGCAGAAGCCUCCUAUCCAGCUUCUCACGCUCCCUGAAACACGAUAAACCUACGCAACAAUGCCUCCGCCUCCGCAAUAUCAACGCAUCAUGUCUCCACACGCCGAAAAGCUUCAGCACGUCCUCUGCGCGCACUUACAAGACUGUAGAAGAAGCGCGUUCUCGAUAUAAAUCAGGCCCAUUCUCCUACCGCGCAGGCCUCCUCUUCCUCACCUCAGGCGCCGGGCUAAUCUUCUACUUCCGCUACGAAAAAGCACGCAUGGAGCGUCUGCGCGUCGCCGAAGCGACGAAAGGUGUCGGGCGCCCCAAGGUCGGCGGGCCCUUCGAGCUGGUGGACCAGGAGGGGAGGAGGUUCACGGAUGAGGAUAUGAGGGGCAGGUACAGUUUGGUUUAUUUUGGGUUUAGCCAUUGUCCGGACAUCUGCCCGGAGGAGCUGGAUAAGAUGGCGGUGAUGAUUGAUUUGGUGAAUGGGGAAGGGGGGACUGCGAACUCGGAGAGUUCGAGGGAUGGGAAGGAGAAGGAGAAGCAGAGGAAACUAUUGCCGCUUUUCAUUACGUGUGAUCCGGCGCGCGAUACACCGGCGGUGCUGAAGGAGUACCUAAAGGAGUUCCAUGCGGGGAUUGUGGGGCUCACGGGGACGUGGGAGCAGGUUAAAGACGUGUGUAAGAAGUAUCGCGUGUACUUUAGUACGCCCGAGGGCGUCAAGCAGGGCCAGGAUUAUCUGGUCGAUCAUAGUAUUUAUUUUUACCUGAUGGAUCCCGAGGGGGAUUUCGUCGAGGCGAUUGGGCGCCAGCAUAGUCCGGAGCAGGCGGCGAAGAUCAUUGAGGGGCAUGUGGGGGAUUGGAAGGGGAAGUAG